AGCGAACCCCGGGGCAUGGGCAGAGCGCCGCGCGAGCCACAGUCGGUCGGGCAGCUCCCCGCUGGAAAUGGCGGUCGGAGGCCGGUGGCGGGGCUGCCUGUGACGGCAGCCAGGCGAGACCCCUCCCCCGCGCCGACGCGCAGCUGCCAGCAGGCCCCCCGCCCGCCCAGCGCAACUGGCGCGCGCAAAGCCCAGCCCAGUCCUCCAUGCCCGAGCCCGUGGCACGCCCAGCCCCAGCCCCAGCCAGCCAGCCAGGCGCGGGAAGGCAGCAGGCAGCCAGCCACGCAGCCCGGCCCGGCCCCCACCCGCCGCCGCCGCCGCCGCCGCCGCUUUUGUCCCUCCAUCGACGCCGGACGGCGCGGCCCGACAGACGCCCGCCCAGCACUGCUCUCGCCUGCGCCGCCCGCCCGCCUGCCGGCAGUCAUGGAAGCCGUGUUGAUCUUCCUCUGUUCUCUGCUGCUCCCGGUGACCUUUGCAGAUGUGACUGAUCAAAAGGAAGACAAGGACCCUUUCAACUAUGACUACCAGACCCUACGGAUUGGCGGCCUGGUGUUUGCUGUGGUCUUCUUCACCGUUGGAAUCCUCCUCAUACUGAGCAGACGAUGCCGGUGCAGCUUCAGCCAAAAGCCACGGGCUCCAGGAGACGAGGAAGCACAAGCGGAGAAUUUGAUUGCUUCAAAUGCAACAGGAGCCCCCAAGGCAGAGAACUGAACUCAGACUGCGAGACCAAGAUACCUGAUGAUGGACAAGUGGACCCCCCAGUGUGAACGGCGUGCCAAAGCGCAGAGGCGAGGGCCACGGGGCAUUGCAGGGGACUGCAGAGAGCUCUGUGUCGUGAACAUCGGUUCUGUAUUUAACUCCCCACUGGACUCCCGCUCCCACCGAUGCUCCCUCACCGAACCAUGUCCAUCUGUGGUGACUGUUGACUCCACUGUGACGUCGUGUUUGUCUGUUUCCCAUCCCUGUCCUUGUUCUGUUUCAAUGUGGUGCCCCAUCCUGUGACGGCGGACGAACGAAGGAGAGGGCUCGGCUUGAGCAACUGCCCUGGGGCAGGGAGGGGCGGGGUGGGGCAGUUGAAAAACACCUUUCCAUGGCAUGAAAUGCUGGUCCACACGUGAUGUGUCCCUGGGAGGAGCAGCGGGCCUGGCGGGAGGGGAGGGUGGGGCGGGGUGGGAGAAGCCGGGCAGUACAGAACCUCCCCCUGGGCACCUUUCCCUCGGGGCCAUUUCCUAGCCUGGCUGUGUCUUCUGGGAACGGGAGAGGAGGAGGAGGAGGAGGAGGAGGAGGCGGCUUUGUGCAGGAGGAGGCAGCUGUCUGCCUAGCCUUUGGCAGGCUGGGAAGGGGGCAGCCCACCCUGUGGCUCUUUCAGCCUCUAACUCUCAGGCCCUUGUGAGGGUCGGGCCCUCCUGAGACAACAGAGGGCUUCCAAACAGCGCAGUCCCGGGGGUGACUUUCCGAAGGCUCCCUUGUGCAAGUGCUGCAAGACAGGAGCAUUUAUUUUUGUGAAGCAACCCCCCCCCCGCCCCCCCCAACACACACUGCUUGCAAGAUUCUGGCUUUAUAUUGCCUUCCCAGAGUGCUUUGCACAACCAGCGCAAGACUUAUCCAUGAGCAAGUCCAGAGCAGAGCGUGUGUUCUGUCCAGAUGGAUUGGAGCCAGUGAGACACACCAAGGACAGUCGGAAGCUGGAGUCCUCCUUGUGCCUCUUCCCCACCCCUUUGUCUCAGCCCUGCUCUUGAUCACGCAUCCCUGGUUGAGUGAAGUGAACACACAGCAGGCCCGGCCCUGCUCUCCCCCCACCCCCCACUGUUUGCUGGAUAUAGAUCACAUGUCCUUUGCCCCCACGUACCUCUUCGUCAAGUCUGUAAGGUGCACUUGGUAAUGAUCAUUGAAACCCCCAGGUAGAAAACCUCCAAGCCGUAUAAGUGUUGUAAAUUUGAAAAGCCCAACACAUUGUCGUGUUUUCAUCUGAAAUAGGCAACCUGUGUGUACAGCUGUGAUCAACGACUGCUGCAUUUUGUGUUGUGUCCCAAAACCCAAGAGAGAGAGAGAGAAAUAAACGAUCCUUUGUAUUUCA